AUGAAGAGUUCAGUGGUCUUUUCUAUCUUCAGCCUCCUCUUAGCCCCAGGCGCUGCCGUGCCAGCCCCGACUAGCACAGGUGUCGAGAGCGUCGCCGAUACCUUGGACAGUUUCUUUCCCCUCUUCAGCGAAACAAUAGGUAUCAUCGAAAACAUUGACUUUGACAAUGCCCAACAGACAGCAGAGGCAAGCUCACAUGGCCCAUCCCCUAACGGUGCUAUUAGGGAUAAGUUGAAUGAAAUACUGGAUGUGUGCGUCCUUCUCGUAGAAAGGUUCUAUGAGACAAAAGGCAAGGACAACAUCAAGAAGCUCAAUCAUGGCGAGCAAAAAGAGGUUUGCGACAAGUUCGACCAGAUCUUCUUUGGCAUCGACUUCAUUCGACACAGACCUCUCAGGACCCUAGUUCCUUUGUGCAAGGACAAGGCGGAGGGCAACGCCAAAGAGAUUCUAGAGGAUCUCAAGAUUCUAAUUCGCGCGUACGGUGGAACAACGGAGUGCUCUCGACUUGGAGGCCCAGUGGUGAACGGUAGGAAAACAUGCGCUGGAUCAGGACAUAGCACGUGGGAGCUUCCCGGCGGGAUCCAAUUUUGA